ACCGGUCACUGCCGGAUGGAUGCAAUCCGUACAUGUGGUCUACAGAACACCAUUCUUGGACUCCAGCAGCGCGAGAGAGCCAUGGAAGGGGGGAGCCUCUGGCACGAGUUCGAGACGGACCUCCCGGCCGCCGACGUGUGGGAGGUCUAUGGCGGCCUCGCUCUCGGGCAACUAGUCCCCCAGUUGCUCCCACAGGUCCUCUCAAAGGUCGAGCUUGUAGAGGGAGACGGCGGCGCCGGAACAGUCCUGCUCGUCACUUUCCCUCCUGCAGGAGCUUCCGAACCAAGAAGCUACAAGGAGAAGUUCAACGUAGUCGACGAUGAGAAGUACAUCAAGGAGGCAGAAACGGUGGAGGGAGGCUUUCUGGAUCUCGGCUUCCGGAAAUAUGUGGUGCGAUUCGAGGUCGUUGGGAAGGAAGAUGGCACGUCGGUUAUAAGAUCGACCGUCGAGUAUGAGGUUGAUAUCGAGCAUGCCAAGAAUGCCUCCCUUGUCAGCACAGAAGCAGUGGCCUCUAUUGCUGAGGCCAUCACCAAGCACAUCAAGGAGCAGAAGAAGAGCCCCGAGCAAACCCCCGAGUAAAAUUCAGAAGAACUUGCAUGUGCCUGGAUAAGAGUCGGGAAGACGAAGCGUCCAACUGAAGUGACUGUGGCAGCCAAGUUGGAGCAAAUUCCCCUGUACCAUUUUGUUCUAUAUACGCAGUGCCCAUGCCUUUGGAAUUAACGUUUGUAUGUUUUAGACUAUACUAGUUUCUACCUGUCAACAUGUACAAUAUCUGUACGAAUAUUGUAGUUUAACACAUGUGCAGACGCAAGACAUUGGCCAUGAAUGUUAGAAGGCUAAAAAAAAAUCCCUCUAA